AUGUAUCUCCUGGCGCUGAUGUUUGGGAUUCUGCUUCUACCUGAAGCCUCCACCCUGAGAUGUUACGUGUGUAUACCGGAUGCCUCGGGAACGUGCAUACAAACAAGCCAUGAAUGCCGAAAGGGUCUACGGUGUGCUGCAAUGAGACUUGUUAGAUACCAAGAUGGUUCAAAAGUUCAUGAAGAAAACUCAAAAGGAUGUGCUGUAGCUGAAGACUGUGGAGAGUACUCGGUCAACUUUGGAAUCUCCCAAACCAAAGUUAACAUGAAGUGUUGCACCUCUGCACUCUGCAACACCCAGCUGGCCCCAGAACCCAGCAAAUCCAAACCAAACGGUAAACAGUGCUACUGGUGCGAUGAACAAAGUUGCAACAACACCCUAAGCUGUGAGGGGAACGAAGACAACUGCAUCUCAGCAACAGAGAGCCAAGGAGGACAUAGUGUGACCGUGAAGGGCUGUGUGUCCAAGCGGCUGUGCACCACGAGGGAUAAAUCCUGGGCCCGAAAACUCACAUAUAGGUGUUGUAAGGGGAACUUAUGCAACGGCGCCAGCAGCCGCAGCGCUGGCCUGGUGCUGCUGGCCCCCCCGCUGCUCUCUUUGCUCGUGACCUCUUAUUAA